AUGACAAGGAAGUACCCGCCGGUUUUCUUCGGAGGAGGGGAGCCGGUCUUCUUCGGCUUCGGGGGAGGGGGGCCGGUCUUCUUCGGGGAUGGGGAGGGGGGUUUCUUGGUCGGUGUGGGCGCGGGCGUCUUUUUGGUGGGGCUGGGAGAUGGAGUCGGGGUGGGAGUGACCGGGGGAGGUUUGGAGGGGGUGGGAGAAGGAGUUGGAGCGGGAGUGGGAGUUGUCAAUGGAGGCGUGGUGACCGGGGGAGUAGUCACCGGUGGAGUUGUCACCGGGGGAGUCGUCACGGGGGGAGUGGUCACAGGGGGCGUGGUGACCGGGGGAAUGGUGACCGGGGGAGUGGUGACCGGGGGCGUGGUGACAGGGGGAGUCGUCAAGGGCGGAGUAGUGACCGGGGGAGUUGUCACUGGAGGCGUGGUGACUGGGGGAGUCGUCACCGGGGGAGUAGUCACCGGGGGAGUCUUGAUUGGGGGAGUUGUCACCGGAGGGGUAGUGACCGGGGGAGUAGUCACCGGUGGAGUCGUCACUGGGGGAGUUGUAACAGGAGGCGUAGUGACCGGGGGGAUAGUCACAGGUGGAGUUGUCACCGGGGGAGUUGUCGCCGGGGGAGUUGUCACAGGAGGCGUGGUGACCGGGGGGGUAGUCACAGGGGGAGUCGUCACGGGGGAAGUGGUCACAGGGGGCGUGGUGACGGGGGGAUUAGUGACCGGGGGGAUGGUAACCGGGGGUGUAGUCACCGGUGGGGUGGGAACCGGGGGUGCGGGCAGGGCCGCCGCGCAGUUGAGCAGAAUAGCGAUGAGCGUUUGGGGGCAGCCGGUGAAGGCGGGGCAGCAGAGGGGGAUCGUGUUGCCGAACUGGCCCAACCCGAAGAAGGGGCAGAGGCCAAAAUUGACGAGGCAGAUGAAGACUCCAGCUGCAAGGAAGGGAAGCUGGAAUUAA